UCAACCACAAUGGCAUCUCUUUCUUUUCCUUGUUAUCUUUUAAGCCCGAUCGUGUCCCAAGAAGAGAUCAAAAUUUUUCACAACAUAGAUCGCAUUCUUUAUGCUAGGCUUGUCAUCAAUCUUAACCGUGACCCUGCAGAGUCCAUUCAAGUCAUGGCCUUCUGGAUAUGGCUAGAAAGGGCAAGGCUUGUUGUUGGUGAUUUAGUGAAUAAGAUGUUGUUCCUUCCUGAAACCUUUAAUAAUUCCUUGGCCGAUGAGGCUGUUCUUUGUUUGAAUUGCAUUGGUAAUGAUCAGUUUCAUCUCUCUCCUGCUAUUAGUAGCGAUAUUCCUUUAAUCCAUCGCUUCAGUAAAACUAGCCUUUCUCUUCAGUUUUUCCAUGGAAAUAGACUAGCCAUUCUUCGUGAAGUUUCCAACAUUGUCAACGAAGUUUGCUUGAGAGCUUUCGAAGAUAUUUUGCAACAGGUAGAGAAGUUGAAGUUGAAGGUAGUUGAUGAUCAUGAAGUUAUUGGAAAUAUCCGAGGAAAAGAAAUGAUGAACAAACAUCCUUUUAGUGUUUAUGGUUUUCCUGUGAUUAAUACUCUGUUGCCUAUAAUAUAUAAUUCAGAGGUUCAUGGAGCUUAUGGUCACAUGGGUAAUGGGGGAGGAUAUUCAAGUUUUGUGCCUGGUCUUGAUCCUUAUGAUCUUGCCAUUCAGACACAGGCUUUGAACAAAGAAAUUGGAGAUGUAUUGAGCCAUAUUCCGAUCUGUACAACUGACGAAAAAAAAGAUAAUGUUAUUCCUGUAGAUGAUAGGACUAUUUUCUUGACAUUCUCUAAAGGGUACCCUAUUUCCGAAGAUGAAAUCAGAGAUUUCUUCACCAGAAAAUAUGGAGACUGUAUUGAUGCAAUUCGCAUGCAAGAAGUAUUGGGCGAUCAUGGCCAACCACUGUAUGCACGCCUUGUUGUUCUAUCUCCUUCUAUUAUUGGAGUGAUUCUUGAAGGCAAGAACAAGGCAAAGUUCUCCAUUAAUGGAAAGCAUGUUUGGGCUCGAAAAUAUGUCCGAAGAAACCAAAGGCUGUUUUCAUCACCACCAUCAUCGCAGCCAACUUCUCCUACAAGACCAUCAAAAGCUUAAAUUUACUAAUGGAUAUGUUGGUUUAGUUAUCCUACUGUAUUUUGCAAUUUUUUUUGUUUGAUAUUUGAUUCUUCAAAAAUGGUUAUGGGUAGUGGAAGAUUUUAUCAUAAUGAACUCCACCAUGACUUUAUUACAUUGCUUCAAAGCGUAGGAUUUAUUAUAUUAGGUA